AUGAAGGAAAUACUCCGAUUACAUCCUUUGGCCUCUCUCAUAACAAGAAAAUGCCGCGAACAUUGCAAGAUUGAUGUCUUUGAUAUACCUAAAAACACAACCAUACUGAUCAAUACAUAUGCAGCCAUGAGGGAUCCUAACCUUUGGGAUGAUCCUAACGAAUUUAAGCCCGAAAGAUUCUUGAUUUUCAAGGAUACAGAGAAAACCUUAGCUCGGCAGGAUCAACAGGAGGGAAUAUUGCUGGAUAUCUUAACUUUUGGAGGUGGAAGGAGAAGGUGUCCAGGAAUGAUGCUGGCUUUCCACACAAUGAGCCCUACAGUUGCUGCCAUGGUUCAGUGCUUCGACUGGACGCCGAUUGAGGAGGGAAGGGAAGUUGAUGCAGUGAAUAUGGAAGUCAGAAAAGGGUUUAUUCAUGUUAUGGAACAAUCACUUGUAUGCACUCCUCGAGUUCGUCUCAAUCCACUUGACUGCAUAGCUUGA